GCCUCAGAGACUGGUGACUUGACCUCACCAGUCGGGGGGUUCAUCGAGGCCUCUUUGGCCAUCCGUGACUGGGUGAGUCACUGGCGUCAGACAUAUGGUCCAGGCGUCAUCAGAGGUCGAAUUCGGAAGGGUGUCUUGAGUCGCCUGGACUCAUCUGACCUCUGCCGGAUCGACUGGCAACCCAAUUUCGAGCACAGAUUGGUGCUUUCUCAGGUCGAUGACCGAACGGUGCAGCAAUCUGCUUCGGUUCGCUGA